AUGCCAUCCUUCAAGGCCGUCGUACUCUCCUCUGCCCUCCUGGCUGCUGAACUCAUCGCUGGUCACGCUGGCAUCAUCAAAGCUGUCGGCGCCCCUGCCGGCGCUGCCGGCGCUGUCGGUGCCCAGCGGCGCGCUGCGGCUGCCGGUGCUGGUAACGCUGCCGGUGCUGGUACCGCUGCCGGUGCUGGUAACGCUGCCGGUGCUGGUAACGCUGCCGGUGCUGGUAACGCUGCCGGUGCUGGUAACGCUGCCGGUGCUGGUACCGCUGCUGCUGCUGCUACCGGUACCGGCAUGUCCAUGGGCCUCGGCAUCGACCCCAACACUCCUCGUGAUGGCACCAGGCGCAACCCCUUUCAGCAGGACUCCACCCGCUUCCAGGGCGAUGCUGCCGGCACCGUUGGCGAGACUCUGGGCGGUGGCACCAACGACAUCGAGACCGGCACCAAGGCCAUCAUGGCCAUGACUGGCCAGUCCCUGGCUCAAAUCACCCCCGGCGGCCAGCUCAUGAUGACUCUUCACCAGGUCAACGCUGACGGCGCCGGCCCCUACACCUGCAUGAUCAACGCCGAUGGUACGGCCCAGGACUGGCAGAACAUCCAGGUCACCAAGAACGUCGACGGCAACCAGCGCGGCCGCAACAAUGCCGGCAACAAGCAAGACCUGCCCCUCAACGUCCAGAUUCCUGCCAACCAGCAGUGCACUGGCCAGGUUGCCGGCCAGGCCAAUGUCUGCAUGGUCCGCUGCCAGAACCCGGCCCGUGCCGGCCCCUUUGGCGGUGUCGUCCCUGUCCAGAUGGCUGUCGCGGCCGCCGCUCCCGCUGGUGCCGCCGCCGCCUCUCCUGCCGCCGCCAACGCCGCUGCUCCCGCCGCUGCCAACGCCGCCGCUCCUGCUGGUGCCGUCGCCGCCUCUCCCGCUGGUGCCGCCGCCGCUGCUCCCGCCGCUGCCAACGCCGCCUCUCCUGCUGGUGCCGCCGCCGCUGCUCCCGCCGCUGCCAACGCCGCCUCUCCUGCUGGUGCCGCCGCCGCCGGCAACAGCCGAGCUGCCGGCAAGGGCAAGAAGGCCCAAAACAAGAAGGCCCAGAACAACAGGCGCGCUGCCUUUGUCAAGCGCAUAGACCCUGUCACCCGGGCCAUCGAGUUCACUGCCUAA